ACCACCUUGCAUACCCAUUCCUCUGGCUUUCUCCCCUUUGCUCGUACGCAAAAAAUGGCUUCUUCUCCAUCUUCCGCCUCCAUAAACUUGCUCCUCAUGAUCUGCAUGCUUGCUGCUUUGGCCGGUUACUCUAAUGGAGAGGGGAAGAUUGCCAUCUACUGGGGUCAGAAUGGCCCUCCCCCAAUCCAGGAGGCAACCCUGGCAGAGACUUGCGAAACUGGGACCUUUUCCUAUGUCAUGAUAGCCUUCCUGAACGUCUUCGGUAAAGGCCAGAGCCCACAGUUCAACCUGGCCAACCACUGCCCUAGCUACACCUCAUGCCCUGCGCUGGCCAGCCAGAUAGCCCGCUGCAAGGAGCUGGGAGUGAAGGUAUUGCUCUCCUUGGGGGGUGGCAUCGGCUCCUACGACAUCUCAUCACCCGAUGAUGCCAAGUCCGUGGCCGACUACCUCUGGAACAACUACCUCGGCGGGGAGUCGCUCACCGGCCCCUUCGGGCCGGCCGUGCUCGACGGCAUCGACUUUGACAUGGAGGGCGGCACCCCCACUUACUACGGCGACUUGGCCACGAACCUCAAGGCCUAUAGCACUGACGACAACCCUGUCCUGUUGACAGCCGCACCUCAGUGCCCUUACCCCGACUACUGGCUGGGCGCAGCAAUCAGCACGGGCUUGUUCGACAUCGUGUGGCCGCAGUUCUACAACAACCCUCCUUGCCAGUAUCCGAACGUUGCAGGAAAUCAAGAAUAUUGGAAUACUUGGACUACGCAGGUUUCAACUCCCACAUUCUUCCUGGGGCUUCCUGCUGCGCCCAAUGCUGCUCCUUCCGGUGGUUACGUCUCCCCGGAUGAGCUCAUCUCUGAGGUGCUUCCCAUUGUAAAGCAAUCACCAAAAUAUGGAGGGAUCAUGCUGUGGAGCAAGUACUGGGACCAGCAAAAUGGGGACUAUAGCCAGCAAAUCCAGGGUGACCUUCUAGAGUUCAGCUCCCUACUUUCUAAAGUAGUAGAAAAUAUCUAACGUGAAGGGCUAGGUCCUUCGCGCUCUAGAGAAAGUGCUUCUUUUAGCUGUAUAAGCAAAUAAUAAAUAAAGGCGCUUUUCUCAAUC